CAGCGUGGGCCUGGGGUUGGCGUGGUGACCCAGCGGCGGCGGUUAAUAAGACCUAAAGAAUUAGGAUGGAGGCCGUGGCGACCGCGGCGGCGGCGGCGGCCACGGCAGCGAAGGAACCCGAUGAAGACUGCACGGAGCCCAGGACUGGGCACUGGGGAGAGCUAAUCCAGACACCUUCCAGGCCCCAGGGGCAGAGGACAGCCACCGAGGCAGUGCCGAAGGCCCUGGACGCCGACUGCCCCGGGGCUGAAGACGCAGCCGUGACCGCCAUGCUGCGCGCGGUGGCAGCCGGCCGCCUGCCCGUGUGCAGCCAGCAGCAGGGCGAGCCUGACCUGACCGAGCGGGAGAAGGUGGCCAUCCUCAGCCAGCUGUACCACGAGAAGCCGCUGGUGUUUCUGGAGCGUUUCCGCACAAGCCUCCGCGAGGAACACCUGGCCUGCUUCGGCCACUUGCGUGGCGACCACCGCGCAGACUUCUACUGUGCCGAGGUGGCCAGGCAGGGCUCUGCCCGGCCCCGCGCCCUGCGCACGCGCCUGCGCAACCGGCGCUACGCGGCCCUGCGCGAGCUCAUCCAAGGGGGCGAGUACUUCAGUGACGAGCAGAUGCGGUUCCGGGCCCCGCUGCUGUACGAGCAGUACAUUGGGCAGUACCUGACCCAGGAGGAGCUCAGCAGCCGGACCCCGGCCGGCCGGCUGCCGGAGCCCGGCACCCCCGGCACCCCCGCCUGCCCGCUCUCGGACCUGCUGCUACAGUCCUUCCAGGAGCGGGAGCUGCAGCAGCGACUGCUCCAGCAGCAGGAGGAGGAGGAGGCCUGCCUGGAGGAGGAGGACGAAGAGGACGACGGCGAUGAGGAGGGCCAGAGGCCGGGCAAGGACCCGGAGGCCUGGGUCCCUGACUCGGAGGAGCGGCUGAUCCUGCGCGAAGAGUUCACCAGCAGGAUGCACCAGCGCUUCCUGGACGGCAAGGACGGGGACUUUGACUACAGCACGGUGGACGACAACCCCGACUUCGACAACCUGGACAUCGUGGCCCGGGACGAGGAGGAGAGGUACUUCGACGAGGAGGAGCCCGAGGACGCCCCCAGCCCGGAGCUGGACGGGGACUGACGGCCCAGUGCCCGCCCCAGCAGGGCAGCUGGCUGCAGGCUGACUCAGUGACCGUGGGGGGCCGGUCCGGCUCACUGACGGUCCCUCGGU